GCCGCGGACUUUUCGGCGUUAAGCAAUCUGAACUCGUGGAAAAGGGGCGUGGCUUCAGGUCUAAUAAAUUCGUCUGCGCGCAGCUCGAGCCCGACACACCGAGCAUCAGCGCUCAGAGACGCGGAGCGGACAGCGCGACACACACUGAUCACGACACAAUGUACACCAGCAGAUCCACCACCAUGAGCUUCACCUACCCGACUCACAGCGCGUACAGACCGAUGGCGCGCAGCACCGAGCCCGAAGUGUUCACCUUCGACCGGCUCCCGGAUCAGCACUUCAGCCCUCUGAGGCAGCAGCAGCAGCGGCGCAGAGUGACGCGGGUCAUGUACCCGGCCAAAGUGCGCAAAUACCUGCCGCCGGCCGAGAAGAGCCCCGCCAAGCGCUGGCUGCUGGCGCUGUGCCUGGUGCUGCUGGCGCAGAUUUACACCGAGCGCGACGACGAGCACGACAUCACGGAAGCGGCCGCGCUGUCAGACGCUCUCGCCGGUGAGCUGCCGGGCGAUGGUGCGUCUGCGUCCUCGCCGCUCUUCCUGCACUUCCGCUCGGCCGAGGAGACCGCCAGGCGCAUGACCAGCUGCUCCACAGACGCGGGGCCGUGGAUGAACACGACCUGCGAGAUGGAGGAGACAGAAGUGCAGGAACACCGUCAGCACCGCCAGCAGCAGAGGAACAACCCCUACGUGGUGGCGCUCCUGUAUCCCGCUGUUUACCACACUCUGGGAGGCGAGCAGUGAACAUCCAUCCAUCCAUCCAUCCACUGAGCACUGAUGGAGGCUCUCACUGCCCUCAGGGACAAACAGAGACAGAGAGACCGAGCUGAAGACACAGAGACACCAGGCUUCCACGAGGAAGACAGACAGAAGGUGUUCACCUCAGCUGGACUGCUCUGUGCACAUCUGCAUUAACAUCUGCCUUGUUCAUGAAGUAAUUCCUCACUAAAGAACUGAAUUACUGAGUAAAACGAAGAGGUUAAAUCAGCACUUUGCCUGUGCAGAGAUGCAAGACAGGAACUGACACACACAUUUUAAUGGACUAAACUUGAACUUGAAGUUUACUUGAAGUGUUACUUUAUAUAUUUAUUUUAAAUCUAGAAUACUGUGUAGGAGAGCACUACAAAGCUGUGUGAUGACGAGGAUGAUGAUGAUGAUGAUGAUGAUGAUCACUGUCACUCCGAGCAACACUUGAACUAUUUGAACCAGUUGUUUGAGUUUGAUGAAGAAAUGCUGUUACAUGCUCAUGUAGUUAUUUAUUCUGUGCUAUUUAUUUAAUGAAUAUUUAAUGUUGUAUUUAUUUUUCUGUGUAAAAUAAACAUGUCAAGUUUGCA